AUGGACCAUUCAUCACAUUUGAUUAGCAAUGUACCUGAUCAUUCCAAUCAUGAUCAUAUGGAUAUGGGCGAUGAAACCUGUUCGAUGAAUAUGAUAUUUACAUGGGACUAUAAAAACGUUUGUGUUGUAUUCAAAUGGUGGCAUAUUAGAACUACACUUGAUUUGGUUUUAAGUAUUUUGGCUAUUGCAUUUCUAUGCUACGUUUAUGAGUUUUUGAAACAGUUCAUACAUAAGAAACAAUUAUAUUACAAUUCUACGUUGAAUUUAAAUGUGAACAAUACAGGCUCCAAAUUAGAAAAACGAAUUAAACUAAUGAAUAGCUGUUACUAUGGUUUACAAGUUACCUUUUCUUUCAUGAUCAUGUUGAUUUUUAUGACCUACAAUGGAUGGUUAAUGUUGGCUAUCCUCUUUGGAACAAUAUGGGGAAAUUAUUCAUGGGGUUUUUUAUUAAAUGGCUCGACUUCCGACAAUAGUCUGGCAUGUCACUAA